AUGUUACUAGGCUUAUUAGGUCGUUUGGCUCUAAGAGUUAGUGUACAUUCUCUGAGUUUAUCUUCUUCAAUCCUUUUAUGUGGAUUCUUGUCAAACUUUGUCUUAAAUCUAGCCUCCGCAGUUUUUUUAUACCGCCUAGGAGUUAUGAUACUGGGUUCUGUAAAAGUUAGUUUUCUUGCUUCGUUACUAUUUUGUUGUAAUCCAGCUACAGUGUUCUUUUCAUCACUUUACUCUGAGUCAUUGUUUUUCUUUUUUACCAUUUCUGGGUUAUAUUUUAUGUAUGUCAACAAGAUCUUAUUGUCUUCUUUGUUAAUCGCGUUUUCUGUUAUGUGCAGAAGCAAUGGGUUGCUAAACAUAGGAUAUUUAGGUUACUUCAUGGUCAUUCGUUCAAACUUCCGGGUGCUAAUAUGGAUAGAUGAAGUUCACAAAACCAGAAAGUCCUUCAUAUCUUUCUUGCUCUUGUCCAUCAAGUGGUGGGUCAACGUUGUUGUUUUCUUCAUGCCACGCCUUGUGUUACUCUUUUUAUGCUCUCUCCCUUUUUUAUUGUAUCAAACCUACGGUUACUUUUUAUAUUGUUCUCGCGUGCAAUCGUCUCACACUGUAUUUCCGUCAAAAAUUCCUGUACCACUGCUUACCUAUGGCCUGGAUCAUGGCUUCUCAAUACCAGUUCGCCUUAUAAACGAAUCUAGUUCUUCUCACUUACCAGUUUGGUGUUCGUUUGCACCGCCAUUCUCAUAUUCUCAUAUACAAAAGAGUCAGUGGAAUGUUGGGUUGUGGGGAUAUUACCAGCUACGGCAAAUUCCAAAUUUUAUUCUGUCCUUACCCGUAGUUACCUUAUGCUUUAUAUGUGCGAUUAUGUUUUACCGAAGAGCCCCAAAAGCAUAUAGAACCUUUGGGCUAUGUGCAGAAUGCGAAAUGGACCGUAUCAUGGUGCCGUAUGUGUUUCAUAUGCUGUUUCUGUGCUCUUACGGGGUUCUCCACAUAAAUGUUCAAGUGUUAACACGUAUGAUAUUUUCAUCCUGUCCUGUUAUCUAUUGGUUUUGUGCAUAUCUUCUUUGUGAAACGUUGCCCAAUUUCGAGCCAUUAAUAAUGAAUAAGCACAAUAGUAAUUCUCUGAUCAAUAUUAGAUUUGAAUUGUAUCAUUAUUUAGUAGAUAUUUAUAAAGCAUUAAAUCCUUUUCAAUAUCAUUUAGUAAAACAUCGUAUUGUGCUUUGUUAUUUCUUAAGUUAUGCUAUUAUAGGCUGUAUUUUACAUCCUAAUUUUUUACCAUGGACAUAG